AUGCCCGAACCUGAUUAUUUCAACUACAAAUCCGACAGUUCACCGUCAUCUCAUCAGAAUAAACUGAAUAAGCAUUUUAAACUCGAUACGAACGUGUCGCUGGCGCCACAGAAGGACUCACCAAUACCCUUAAGUCCGGGAUCUAAAGCUCUGAAUGUUCCAAACUCAGCUAGUCUUACUAAUGCACUUAGUAUCAACCAAUUUAUUGCACCUGCGCUGAAUAAUGUCAGCCUUAUGAGACAACAGGGCAAGAGGAAAUCGUCAAAGAGUGGACUUUCAUACCAAAGUUCGUCGAAUAACUCAUCAGCUCAUUCUAGUAGGCGACCUUCUGCUGGGAAUGCAACAAAUUUUCUUAAUAAACUAACCUCCCCAGCAAAAGUAAAUAUGAAAGUUGAGACUAGCGACCAAAUACAACCACAAAAGCGUACUCUAGCUCAUGGUUCAAACUCCGAGUCUAAUGCAAGCACACCAACAUUGGUAUUACCACCUGAUUUGGCAAGUUUGAACACUAAAAAAUCUUCUACGAUGUUACAUUCCCCUCAAGUACCUAAUACGGUACAUAGAUCACCCUCCAUGCAUGAUACCAAUGGUACUAUCCAUAUAAUGACAGGUACCCCUCCUCAAGAGACACUUUCCUCUACAUCAUCUACAAGAUCUGUUACUUUGGCACAAACAAGUACAGGGAACUUGAGGGCAUUUAAGAAACAGUAUGUAUUGAAUGAAAAACUAUACCUGGAGAAAAUGAAUAAUGCAUUGCACAGUGACGACUAUUAUACACGAAAGAUUGGGCUUUCAUCACUAAAUGACGAUUAUGAUGACUUUGAUAUAGAUAUAGAUGAUCCAUUUAGUGAACAUGGAAGUUCUUCUGGUAAGGUAGGUUCUGACGAAAUAGAUUUUGGAACGACGUUUUCUACUUCUAAUUCUCUUUCAAACAAGGGAAACAUUGUUUCAAUCACUCCCAGGUACUUGUUUCACCAGUUACAAUGGGUGAAAAAGAGUAACCCUGAAGAGACACAACUGAUAUCAUUACUGGGUAAAAUACAAAAAACAGAAUAUAAAUACUUGAUAAAACAACAAAAAUUAUUGGAUAGGAGACCCGAGGAGCCAAGUGCAGGAAGUACUUCCCUUGAAGACACUUCUGUGGAUGCAAUACACAACACUGAACAUAACUAUAUGGAAGAACUGUCAAAUUUUCCUAUUAUUUCUGAACGUAUGAAUUGGCAAACAAUGUUAUCGAAUGUUCUAAAAGGGGAUAUUGUUAUGAGUGAAAAAAGUAAAAUAGCCGAACAAAUCAAAAACCCUGCACUGAAGAACCAAGUGAGUGAUGAUAUAUGGUAUGAAUUGAAAGGAUGGAUGAAUGGUAAGAGUAAAGAUGAAAUAGUGAAAUCGGUUAAAUUACUAAGAGACUCUGCAGAUGAAGUAUUUGAAGAGGUUUUAACAUUCAGGAUAGAUGAAAAAAUGGAGCAUGAUACAAAACAAAUCCAAGAUUCACUAGAACAAAUUACCAAUAAAUAUUACAGAACUAUCGAUUAUUGGCCCAGUUUAAAACAGAUGAAGAAGGAUAAACCAAUAACAAGAAACGAAAAUUUUAUUAACAGGAUUGCAGUUUUCAAUAGUUGGCUAAAUAUAAAGCAAAAUAGUGACAUAAAGAUACAACAACUCAAAGAUUGGGUAGGUAACGAAGAUCUAGACGUCAUAAAACAGGCAACUACUCCGAUGAGCACAUCUACUCCUUCUUUGUAUGCUCAUUCGACAAGGUCGUUUGCUGAACAAGUUAUGAAAGAAAAAGACAUUGAGAAUAUCUUUGAAAAGAGGAUAUUUUCUCCGCUGGCACCUUGGUUAGCCAAAAGUAAAUCCGUAUUAAUUCAGUACGAAGAUACAUUAGACAUAGUAAAUAUACAAUUUGAUGGCAGGGUGCUAAGUAAGUUACUAUUAUUCCCCAUGAAACUUGUAAAGGAAAUAAUAAACACCAGAUUAUCCUAUGCAAAGAAGCUCAAGAAUCCAACAAUGAUGAUGAUAGAUCAAAUGAUUGAGGAUUUCUCUUCUUAUAUUAGGCUUUCUGUACAGAUUAAGUGUGCAUUAGUAGAAUACUGCGAUGGUAUGCCAAUUAAUAUCGAUAUUGACCCAGAUUUCGAUAAAACAGUCCUAGAUGCUAUAAGUUAUCUGUUUACCUUACUACAUUCCAAGGUAUUAGAUGAAAGGAAAGCGUCGUUAAGGACAUUUAGAGAACCAGAAAUUCUCUUAAAAUAUUGGGACGAAUUAAAGAAUGUUGGACAAUAUAUCGAUAAAGCAGGUAAACUGAUUGCCAACGAAUUUAAUAAGUUAACUCUGAGGAUAUUGCAUAAACUACAUGCUUAUCUAUUACAACAGCAAGACCACCCUCCAAAAUUCCACAAUUCUGCAGAGGCAGAGAAAUGGCUAGUUGAAGUAUUUGAGAAUCUAGGUUCUAUGAAGAGGAAGUUAAACAGAUUUACUAAUGUGUUAACUAGAGCCUUCCAAAAUUCAGUUAAUUAUGAAAUUGAUAAUUAUAAAGAUUUAUUAAGUAAUCUGAAAGAAUCAGGUCAUUUUCUGAUUUACACCGGCGGAAGUUUAGAAGUGAACGGUGUUUACCUUAUUGGUAGUCCAGAAUUAUUAGGUUGUCAGGAUGAACAAAUUUUGAGGAUUUUAAAUAAUUCAGAUAUUGGUAGUGACUUAAUACCAAAAUUAGAAAAGGAUACUAGUCUAGCAUCAUAUAAUAAUGUUGAAGAUUAUUUUGAAACGUAUGCACUUUCCCCAUCUCGUAGUCACAAACAACAGUACAGCUACCAACAAUAUAAUGGUUAUGAAGAUAUCAUAGGAAGUAUGAGUGGAUCAAGAGGAGGCGUUACAAACAAGAAUACGAAUGAAAAUGACUCUGAUUGGGAUCAUGCAAACGUAUCUGGUGUUCAUUCAAGUACAGCCAUUACUCACGACUAUAACGAUGUCGAAAAAGAGAUGCUAGAAUUAGAAUUGAAAUUACAUUCCCUAGGAUAUAUUCUGGUAUUAUGUCCUGCUCAUCCAAUACUAUGGGAAGGUGAUAUGUACAAUCUGUCGAGCGAGAAUCCUUUACAAUAUGAAAUGUUUAAACUAAAAUUUAAAACGAAUAAAUUAACAUUGCUCAAUCAAGGGUCCAGUUAUGCAUUAGAGUAUCAAACAGAUAAAUUUCAACAAAUUGCGCAAGAUACAAUUUCAUUUAUAGAGAGAAGAUGCUCUUUUAGCUCGAUAGAGAGUAAUUUACAAAGGAUCAACAAAGCCUACUUUAGAUUUACCUAUAAUGUACUGAAUAAUUAUACCAAAUUUUACAAUACUUUUAAAAAGAUUUGUACAAAUCUGGAGUCACUCAACAAUAUAUUUUUAUUUACCAGAGAUUUUGGGACAUAUUUUUUAAAGGUUAAUAUUGCUAAUUUUGAAAAGAAAUCUGUGAUUAUUUUACUAAUGGUCAGACUAAGUAUCCGGUGGUUAACUUUUAUUACGGAUGAAUGUGAUCCAACUGAUCAGAAAACUUUCAGAUGGUGUGUACCAGCAAUGGAAUUUGCCAUGCAUAUGACUAGUGGUCAUAACAUUAUGGCUCUAGAUGAGAAUCAAUUCAUAACUCUGAAACAAAAAAUUGCAGCUUGUAUGUCAUUACUGAUUUCACAUUUCGAUGUAAUGGGCGCUCGUGCUGUUGAGGAUGAAAAGAUGAAUCCACAACAAAGAAUCAAUAUAAGCAUACAUGAGGACUUUGAUGGCGAUGCCACGCUGGCCUUGAACUCAGAGCUCCGUUUAGAGGCCAUCAAAAGAUUAGAAAGCUCAACAACGUCAAACUCAAGACUUAUUGGGAAAGUACUGGAUGAUGCUGACAAAGGAAACAAAUAUUUAUUAUCACUUGCAUCCUCUUUGUCGAAUGUUUCAAUCAGAUGGCAAAAAAGAGAUUUUGUUGGAGGUGGUACUUUUGGUAAAGUAUAUUCUGCAAUCAAUCUUGAUAACGGUGAUAUCUUAGCCGUCAAAGAAAUUAAAAUCCAAGACGGUAAAGCAAUGAAAAAAGUAUUCCCUUCUAUAAAGGAAGAGAUGGAGGUUUUAGAAAUGCUGAACCAUCCAAAUAUUGUCCAGUAUUAUGGCGUUGAAGUCCACAGAGAGAAGGUAAACAUUUUCAUGGAAUAUUGUGAAGGUGGUUCCUUAGCCAGCUUGCUAGAGCAUGGGAGAAUUGAAGAUGAGAUGGUGACCCAAGUGUACACUCUUGAAUUACUUGAAGGUCUGGCAUAUCUACACCAAUCUGGGGUUGUGCACCGUGACAUCAAACCCGAAAAUAUUUUAUUAGAUUUCAAUGGUGUUAUUAAGUAUGUUGAUUUCGGUGCUGCAAAGAAAAUUGCAAGAAAUGGUACCAUGAUGGGUCGUUUUAGUAUCAGUAAUAGUAGCGAUAGUAGUAACAGUACGACUAGUGGUAACGGUAAGAAAAGUCAGGAGAAUACCCGCGAGGAGAUCCCUACAGGGUUACAGGAAAUGAUGGGUACACCAAUGUAUAUGGCACCUGAAUCGAUCACAGGAUCAUCUAACAAAGGUAAAUUUGGUGCGGAUGAUGUCUGGUCACUUGGUUGUGUGGUUCUCGAGAUGAUUACGGGCCGUAGACCUUGGUCUAAUCUGGACAACGAAUGGGCCAUCAUGUAUCACGUUGCAGCUGGACAUAUCCCACAACAACCUGCUCCAGAUGAGGUAUCCGCAUCUGGUAGACUUUUCUUAAGCAAAUGCCUAGUACAGAACCCAACGAAGAGAGCUACAGCGGUUGAAUUAUUGGUUGACCCCUGGAUAGUCGAAAUUAGAGAAUUAGCAUUUGGCCCAGGAGAAGAUACUCAGACGACACUCUCUAUUCCUCCUGAGAAGGAACCGAACACAAAACUUGCCACAGAGACAGAAUAA